GCAGGUUUAAGGUGCACUUGCCAUGCUUUGGCCGAGGAUCUCUGUUUGGCCUCCGAAAAAUUAGCCGCAAAGCUGCGGUGAAGGUACCGCAUGGGUGUGACCUUGGUCGAGCUGGUUGCGGACGUGCAUCAUCUGACUGUUUUUGGGCUCAGGAAGUUGGAACAACGUUGCAGGCUUUAACGUCAAAACUUGAAACUCAUGGAAGUUGUGACACCUGGCAACGCUGAGCCGUGCGUCUUCGUCUCGUCGCUGCGCGGCUGCGCGAAGGGCGAUGGGUGCCGUUUUUCUCAUCUCCCACACAGCGAGGACAGCAUCACUCGACCCCGCAAGGCACGACGCCAGCACAUGAAGGAGCGCAUUUUGCAAUGCUUUGCGGGCAGCAACUUCGACGCCAUGCAAGAGGCUUUGCAGCAGGAAGCGCAGCGACAUCCCUAUGCUGGCAGGGUGAUUCAAGGCUACCUCAACAAGGCGUCCUUCAUUCGCUUUGACAAAUGUGGCUCCGGCGAGCUUGCAGUGAUCUCCGUGUGAAGCCGUGACCGGGGAACCGGGACCGUGGCGACCCGCCGGUGUGAUGCCCUGACCUUGUGGCGUGGGCCCGCCAGGUGGGGAUUCCAAGGGUUCAUGUGAGAAGGGGGUCCUUCUUAGAAGGCAGGAGGCCAGGAAGGAGUCGAGUAGGGAGACCAGGAAGGAGACCAGGAGGCCAGGAAGGA